AUGGCACAAGAUGCCACCCACGACGCACCCAGCGACCAGAGGGGCGAGGACGAGAAGGAUGCUGCAGAGCAGGCGAGCUGGCUGGCCUCUGGAUCGCCUGCGCUUGCACGACCCAAGGCCCCUCCCGAAACGAUGGACAUUGUAUGGGUGACGGGUGUCGUGCUCCUGAUGAUGUUCCUGCACAUCUCGCCUCAGGUGUUUAUCAUUUGGCCCUACUUUGAACGCACAGAGACAUUCACUGCGCUGCAACUGGCUCAGCUCCUAGUCAUAUUCAAUCUCUUGAUCCUGUACAUGUAUUAUACGUACUACUGCUGCGUGGUAUCUGAUGCAGGUGGCGUGCCGAUGGGAUGGCGUGCGCCGGAUGGGUGCACGUACACGCGAUACUGCUUCAAGUGCCAUGCAUACAAGCCACCUCGCUCGCAUCACUGCCGUGUCUGCAAGCGCUGCGUUCUGCGCAUGGAUCAUCACUGCCCGUGGAUUGGCAACUGUGUGGGGCACGGCACGUAUGCGUACUUUCUGCAAUACACGACGGCCGUGGUCAUCGCCACGACGUACCAUCUCACGAUGAUUACCAUGCGUGUAUUUGAUGCAUGGAACAAGUACUGGUACGUCUCGUAUCCCACAACGACGGAGGCCGUCAUGUUGGUCUUAAACUACCUCUUUUGCAUCCCUGUGUUCUUGCUCGUGACAUUCCUUACCCUAUACCACUACUACCUUGUAAGUACGAACACCACAUCGAUUGAGACCUGGGAAAAGGACCGCGUGUACCGCCAGAUUCGGCGCGGUUACAUUCCGUACACCUCCUUCCCGUACGACGUGGGUUGCUGGUCGAACGUCGCGUCGGUGAUGGGUCCCUCCAUCUGGCUCUGGGCAUGGCCGAAAAGUCAAACGGGCGAUGGACUCACGUAUCCCGUGCAUACACAGCAAGAUCCGUUCGCCCAGUAUGCCUGGCCGCCCAAAGACCCGCAUGCUCGACGUGCGAUCAAGUCCCACCGCCCCACGCAUCCAACUGGCCGGACCGGCACGCAUGCUGACCAGUGGCUUCGCCACAGAAACCAUGUAUCUCCCGACGUGGUGUACGACUCGUACUCUAGCGAAGGGGAGGAAGAGGACGAUGACAAACUUGAGUAUGCGCCAUCGACUCACGCACGCAUCCGACGCGGCAGCGAAGGCUACGAAGUUAUGCCACCGCAUUAUUCACGCGCACUUUGGGCUGACCAAGGCGCGGCGGCCUUUCCCCCUGGCACAACGCCCCCACCAGAACUUCAGGCACAAGAAAGGCCAUAUACGGAUUACCCACACGGCACCUUUGUCGAUUAUGGCAUGCAUGCAUACGACGACGACGUGCCGCUUGCCACGCUCCAAGACACCCCGCCUGUAGCUACAUAA